AUGGCACCUUAUGAGGAGUUGUAUGGCAGAUCCUGUAGAUCUCCUACCCUAUGGGUAGAGGUUGGGGAAUCCCAGAUUUUGGGGCCACAGAGCCUUCAGCGUGAUGCAGAGAUGGUUCGUACUAUCAGGCGUAGGUUGUCAGAGGCUCAGGAUCGGCAGAAGAGUUAUGCGGAUCGUAGAUGGAGACCGUUAGAGUUUGCUGUUGGUGAUCAUGUAUUCUUACGGGUAUCCCUUACGAAAGGAGUAAAGAGGUUUGGAUUGAAGGGUAAGUUGGCACCUCGCUAUAUUGGACACUUCCAGAUUCUCGAGAGGAUAGGUGCGGUAGCGUAUCGGCUGGCGCUACUACCAUCACUUUCCGGGGUGCAUGAUGUUUUCCAUGUAUCUAUGUUGAGGAGAUAUGUACCGCACCCUUCGCGUGUUCUCACUGAUGUAUCAGUUGUACUUCAGCCGGAUAUAUCUUAUGAGGAGAUUCCAAUUCUGAUUUUGGACCAUAAAGAGCGUCGGUUGCGGAACAAGACAAUUCGACUGGUCAAGGUCGGAUGGCAACAUCACUCAGAUGAAGAAGACACCUGGGAGUUGGAAGAUAAGAUGCGUGCUGGUUACCCCCACUUGUUUACUGAAGGUGAGUAA